AUGCCUCAAGUCAGAAAUCCCAUUCUUCCAGGUUUCAACCCGGACCCUUCCAUCGUCCGUGUGGGUGAUGACUACUACAUCGCCACGUCCACUUUUGAAUGGUUCCCUGGUGUUCAGAUCCACCAUUCCAGGGACCUCGCCAACUGGACUCUUGUCGUACGCCCGCUGACACGCAAAAAUCAGCUCGACAUGCGUGGUGAGCCCGAUAGCUGCGGUGUCUGGGCGCCCUGUUUGAGUCACGACGGGGAGAAAUUCUGGCUCGUGUACACCGAUGUUAAACGCAAGGACGGUUCUUUUAAAGACGCCCACAACUACAUUGUCACUGCGACGUCUAUCGAAGGGCCGUGGUCAGAUCCCGUUUAUGCUAAUUCCUCGGGCUUUGAUCCGUCGCUGUUCCAUGAUGACGACGGCAAGAAGUGGUUUAACAACAUGACCUGGGAUCAUCGCUCUCGUCCACAAACAUUUUCUGGUAUCUUUCUGCAGGAAUUUGACCCCAAGGCCAAUAAGCUUGUUGGACCCAGGAAGAAUAUUUUCGAAGGAACAGACCUAGCAUUUGUUGAGGGAUCUCAUAUCUACAAGCGCAACGGAUGGUACUACCUCUCGACAGCAGAGGGCGGCACAGGAUAUUAUCAUGCUAUAACGCUCGCACGAUCUCGUAACGUUUGGGGCCCUUACGAAGUGCACCCCCAGAAGCAUAUCCUUACUUCAAAGGAUGCGCCCCAUGCUGCGCUGCAACGAGCGGGUCAUGGACAGAUCGUUGAGACACCAGAUGGCAAGACCUAUGUCGUGCACUUGACAGGUCGGCCUACUACCCAGAAGCGACGCUCGGUACUGGGUCGUGAGACUGCCAUUCAGGAAGCUUACUGGGGAGAUGAUGACUGGCUGUACAUCAAGAACGGUCCUGUUCCAAGCUUAUACGUGGAUCUUCCAGCUGAGCGUGACGAUACAGCAUACUGGGAGGAGAAGCGAUAUACUUUCAAGGACACUCUUCACAGCGACUUUCAAUGGCUCCGAACACCUGAACCUGAGCGCAUCUUUAACAUCAAAGAUGGCCAACUAGCUCUAAUUGGUCGAGAGUCCAUCGGAUCAUGGUUCGAACAAGCACUCGUUGCUCGUCGUCAGACUCAUUUCUCGUAUGAUGCCGAGACGGUCAUUGAAUUUUCUCCCGAAGAUGAACGCCAAUUUGCCGGUCUAACAGCAUACUACUGCCGGUUCAACUUCUUCUAUCUCACUGUCACAGCCCAUUCUGACGGACAACGUGAGCUCCUCAUUCUUCGCUCCGAAGAGACUUUCCCUCUGGGCCGUCUCAACAAACCCUUUGCCGACCCCGUCAAGCUUCCCAAUGAGGGUAAGGUGAAGCUCGCUUUGACCAUUCGGGGAAGCAAGCUUCAGUUCUACUACGCCCUCGAAGGACAAGAGCUGACCAAGGUUGGACCUGUCUACGAUGCUUCACUUUUAUCAGACGAGUGUGGAGGACAUCCAAACGAUGGAAGCUUCACUGGUGCUUUUGUGGGUAUGGCUGCUUCGGAUGUGAACGGGCUCGCACUGGAGGCCAAAUUCGAUUAUUUUGUUUAUCGACCUGUUCAUGACGAGUCGGACCGUUAUGACGUAUGA